AUGGCACCUAGUAAGCAAUGUAUGAACCUUUCUCUUGGUAAUCGGGUCAAUCAAGCCUAUUUAGAUGGGGUGAAACAAUUUUUGGAUUAUGCUUUUCAGGGAUCAAGAAAAGAAGAUAAAAUACGAUGUCCAUGUUACAAAUGUUGUAAUACAACAUUAGGAACUCGUGAGACAAUUGAUACAAAUUUGAAAGUAUAUGGAAUGAUUCAAAAUUAUACUUUUUGGUAUCACCAUGGAGAACAUUUAGGUGAGUCGGUGUCAAACUCUGAAGAUGAAAAUGAUGAUGAAGUCGAAAAUUAUGAGAGUGAAGAUGAAAUACAAGAAUUGUUGAAAGAUUUAUAUCCUAAUGUUGAUGGAGGAGCUACCCCAACUGGUUACGGUGAUGUAGUCGAGGAGGAGCCAAAUGAUGAAGUUAAAAGAUUUUACAGCCUAUUGAAAGAUUUGGAGCAACCACUAUAUCAAAACUCAAAGGCUUCAAAGCUUUCAUCUUUGAUUAAAUUGCUUCACAUAAAAAGUAUGGGUCAUUGGAGUAAUGAGUCAUUUAGCAUUCUAUUAAAAAUGUUAAAAGAGGAGUUAUUGGAUGAAGGAGCCGAUUUACCAAAUUCAUAUUAUGAGGCAAAGAAAAUUAUUCGAGAACUUGGGCUUUCUUACAACAAGAUUGAUGCUUGUACUAAUGAUUGCAUGUUAUAUUGGAAGGAGGAUAGCCUACUUGAUUUUUGUAAAAUUUGUGGUGCUUCCCGAUGGAAAAUGAAUACGCAUACCGGAGAAACAAAGAAUAAAAAGGGUAAAAAGAUAGCCUCAAAGAGUUUGCGCUAUUUUCCAUUAAAGUCUAGGCUUCAAAGGUUGUUUAUGUCUACAAAGACAUCUUCUCUAAUGACACGGCAUAAGGAUGAGAGAACUAAUGAUGGAAUAAUGAGGCACUCAGCUGAUUCAAUGGCAUGGAAGUCAUUCGAUGAACUUCAUCCUUCAUUUGCAAUCGAGCCUCAUAAUGUUCGACUUGGACUUGCUAGUGAUGGAUUUCAGCCAUUUCACAAUUCAAAAACAUCACAUAGCAUUUGGUAUGUGGUUCUUAUUAUUUAUAAUUUACCAUCUUGGUUGUGUAUAAAACAAGAAAACUUUAUCUUGUCAAUGCUUAUUCCUGGUCCAAAUGGUCCUGGAGAUGCGAUUGAUACAUAUAUUCAACCUCUAAUAAAGGAAUUGAAAGAGUUGUGGGAAGUUGGUAUUGAAACCUUUGAUGCAUCAAAAUUUUAA